AUGGCGUCGGGACAGCAAUUCAAGGGUGACAGAGCCGAGGCAGCAGCGAAACUCGCUGCCAAAGACAUCGGCGAUAUCAACAGAGCGAACGAGCGUGAUGCGAGCUACGACUUGCACCCCGAGGUCAACUUCAAGCAAGCACGAGCCGAAGCAGCGGCGAAGCUCGCCGCAAAGGAUCUGGAGGAUGUUAACAGAAUGAGGGACAACACUGUGACCACAUUGAAAGAGCAACAACAUUACGACGAUAAUAGACCCGGCGUGAUAGGGUCCAUGUUCAGAGCCGCUAAGGAAGCGGUGGUUGGGAAGCCUCACGAUGUAGUUGAGACCUCGCCAAGGGUUUAUGAUUCCACCACCAGAGAGAAGGUAAGGGAGACGAAGGAGCAAGGUGGAUCCAAGAUGGGGGAAUAUGCAGAUUAUGCGACUCAGAAGGCGAAGGAAACGAAGGAUGCAACGAUGCAGAAGACUGGGGAGUACACAGACUAUGCGACUCAGAAAGCGAAAGAAAGCAAGGACUAUGCUGCGGAAAAGGCUAAGCAAGCUAAAGAUGCUACAGUGCAGAAAGCUGGUGAGUACAAGGAUUAUACUGCUGAAAAGGCAAAGGAAGGGAAGGACACAGCAGCGGGGAAGCUUGGAGAGCUGAAGGACUCUGCUGCAGAUGCUGCUAAAAGAGCUAUGGGUUUCUUCACGGGCACGAGAGACGAAACAAAGGUGAGUGGAACGCCUGAGGAUGCUAGGCGGAGAAUGGAAGAGGUGAGGGUGCAGGAUAAGGAGUAUGGAACGGGGCAUGGUGGAGAGAAGUUGGUGAUCAAACUUGAAGAGUCGCGGCCAGGAGCGGUGGCGGAUGCGAUGAAAGCGGCGGAGAGGGCCUUGGGCGGCGAGAUGGAGGAAGAAGGAAUCCUUCAUGUGGAGCGUCGUAGAGAGAAGAUGUGA